GAAGCCCUGCGUCUGCGGUCAUGACUCACUUCAAGUUUAUCGAUGUUGGUAUCAACUUGACAGAUCCUAUGUUCAGAGGAAUUUAUAGGGAGGUUCAAAAGCAUCCAGAUGACUUACAGGAUGUAAUAGGGAGAGCUGUCCAGAUUGGCGUUAAAAAGUUUAUGAUUACUGGUGGAAGUCUACAGGACAGUAAAGAUGCACUGCAUUUGGCACAGACAAAUGGUAUCUUCAUAUUACUUUUACCUCCCCAAAUAAGAAUUAAGCAACUUUGAAGAAGUCUUUCUGAGAACUGCUUCAAAUAUGUUUUUCAGUACAGUUGGAUGUCAUCCUACAAGAUGUGAUGAAUUUGAAAAGAAUAACCCUGAUCUUUACUUAAUGGAAUUGCUAAAUCUUGCUGAAAACAAUAAAGGGAAAGUUGUGGCAAUAGGAGAAUGUGGACUUGAUUUUGACCGAUUACAGUUUUGUCCCAAAGAUACUCAGCUCAAAUACUUUGAAAAACAGUUUGAACUGUCAGAACAAACAAAAUUACCAAUGUUUCUUCAUUGUCGAAACUCGCAUGCUGAAUUUUUGGACAUAAUGAAAAGAAACAGAGAUCGGUGCGUGUUGCAUUCAUUUGAUGGCACCAAGGAAGCAGCAGCAGCUUUGAUUGACUUGGAUCUUUAUAUAGGGUUUAACGGUUGCUCUUUGAAAACUGAGGCUAAUUUGGAAGUUUUGAAGUCAAUACCUAGUGAAAAAUUAAUGAUUGAGACAGAUGCACCUUGGUGUGGUGUCAGAAGUACACGUGCUGGAUCAAAAUAUGUAAAAACUUCAUUUCCUACCAAAAAGAAAUGGGAAAAUGGGCACUGUUUAAAAGAUAGAAAUGAUGGAAAUAAGCCCUGCCAUAUAAUUCAAAUACUGGAGAUAAUGUCAGCAGUAAAAGAUGAUGAUCCACUGGAAUUAGCCAAUACACUAUAUAACAACACUAUUAAAGUAUUUUUUCCUGGUUAA